AUGUCGAAGGCGUCGAUGAGACCGAACGUCAGGCGCCACGGAGGCGUCGUACACGCGCGUUGCGUCGUGACGCGAGCGCUCAACGAGGAUGACAUCGCAUUCUUAACGAGCGAGUUCCCCGAGUGGAUCAAGGACGAGGAGGGGGCGCGAAAGAGCGACGCGUACUUCAGGGAGAAGCACAAUCGCGCGUUUAACCUGGAGAAGGCUCGGGUCGUGGUAAAGUCGCUGAGAGAUGAACACGCGAAGCUCCCAGCCGCUUCGGGACCGUACGCGAGCCCGAAGACGUUCCCGGGCUUCCUGGGUGUGUACGAGCGAUGCAGCGACGAGAUUUAG